AUGCCCGACUCGCCCAUGGAAGCAAAAUAUCUCAGCGACCGUGAGAAAGUGAUUGCUGUGGAGCGACUGCGCCAACCAGAUGGGGAUCAUUUCGCGGGAAUGGCGAUGGGACCACGUCUUGGAGACGUUCUACGAUCUCAAUACGUGGUGCUGGUUUUGUCGAUCCCCGGAGUGACUCGUGCUAACUAUUGCAGAAUCCCAAGUGGAGGCAUCAGUACAUUCGGCAACCUCAUCAUCAAGUCCUUCGAGUAUAACAGCUUCGAAACCAUUCUCUUCAACAUCCCCUUGGAGUAUAUCAGAUAUUAA